AUAGCUGCUACUGCAUGUACUGGUGACAUUGCUAAAGCUCUUCAUAGUGUAGCACAUGUAUUAUGAGCACAUAUUUCUGGAAUUGAAUUGAAUUAUGAGAGAUGUAGCAAAUAAGAUUGAAGAAAUUUAAAGAUGUUUUUAACAAAGCAAUCUCAGCAUGUGAUGCAUCAUAAAUAGAGUGGAUUAUCACAAUUAAGCAAUCACCAGCUGUGAUUCCGUAGAUCAUUCAGCAAGGAUAAUUCAGACUAUUUGAUUGCAGCAACCACAACAGCAUCUCAACUUUAUAAAAUUUAUACAAUAAAAACACAAUAAGUAUUUAUUAGUGCAAUUAUUUGAUUAGAACUAUGGCAAGCUUUGGAUCAAUGACCUGGUCUGGUAGCCAACUGGCUCUUGGAAGCCAGCAGAGUCUCAACAAGUUACAGAGCAGGAGCAGACUUGACAAGGCAGGUCUAUCACCAGAGGAAGAAGAACAAAUAGAUGAAGAACUUAAAAGGAAGGGGCAUGUUACAUUGCCAUUGUGUGUGACAGCUUUUGCCGCAGCAUUUGGAAGCUCAUUUACCCAUGGCUGGAACACUGGGGUGAUGAACCCACCCUCUGAGUAUAUUAAAGAUUUCAUCAACAGCACAUACACGGUGAACUAUGGGGGAGAACCAUCUGAAAUAAUGUUGACUUUCAUAUGGUCAUUCAGUCUCAGUAUAUACCUUAUUGGUGGAAUGAUAGGUGCCUUCUCAGCUGGGACAUUUGCAGAUAAGUUUGGAAGACGGAACUCUUUGCUCAUCCUUCAUGCUCCAGCCUUUGUCGCCACACUGCUGUUUUUCUUCAGUAAAAUGGCUGGCUCCUUUGUGAUGGUUAUCUUGGCUAGGUUCAUUGUGGGCUUUGCAUGUGGUUGUGGUAGUGGGUUAGUGCCUAUGUACCUCACAGAGAUAGCACCUCUCAAAAUCAGAGGUGCCAUGGGCGUACUUCACCAACUUGCUCUCACCACGGGGAUUCUAUGUUCUCAAGCUAUAGGAAUCUAUCAGAUAUUAGGUAAUGAUGCAGGUUGGCAUAUACUGCUGGCAUUGACUGGAGCCCCUUGUGUCUUCUCUUGUAUCGUGCUGCCAUUCUUCCCAGACAGUCCUCGCUACCUUCUCCUCAUAAAGAAAAACGAGGAAGCGGCCAAAAAAUCCUUACAAAGAUUCCGAGGCACCGAUGAUGUGAGGGCAGAUAUCUUAGAGAUGAAGAAUGAGCAGAAGCAGGCGCUAGCAGAGCCGAACUGGAGCAUGAUGAAAUUGUUCAAGGCCAAACAUCUAAGAAUGCCCCUGGCUGUUGUGUGUUCCCUAGCCUUGGGUCAGCAGCUCUCGGGGAUCAAUGUGGUGUUCUACUAUUCCAAUGGUGUGUUUGCUGGUGCUGGAAUUCCAGAGAAUAUGAUACAGUAUGCCAUUCUGGGGACUGGAGGUAUCAAUGUUCUCAUGACCAUCAUCUCAGUACCAUUAAUGGAGCGCUGUGGUCGACGUCCUCUCUUGCUGGUGGGAAUGGGUUUGAUGACAGUCUCUGCUUCCCUUAUCACUGUUGCCCUGUUACUUCAGGACUCUGUGCCUGCAAUGGCCUAUGUUUCUAUAGCCUGUAUGCAUACCUUUGUAAUUGGCUUCGCUAUUGGUUUAGGUUCUAUACCUCAAUUCAUUGGCUCAGAAUUGUUCCGUCAAGGCCCACGACCUGCAGCUAUGUCAUUUGCUGGUUUACUCAACUGGCUGGCUAACACUUCAGUAGGCAUUGGUUAUCCAUUUAUUGAAAAAGGCAUUGGGCCUUACUCAUUCCUGAUAUUCAUAGGCAUGUUGGUAGGAUUCGGGAUAUUUAUCUUCAAGUUCUGUCCAGAAACUAAGAAUAAAACAUUUGAUGAAAUAGCAAGAAUCUUCAGUAUAGAAAACUUUGAUUUAGAUGACGAAGCUCAUCCUUUAGGAAAUUUAAAGAAUGGUCACAAGACAGGAAGUGCCGCAAGCUAUACCAGGGUGCCUAGCACAGGGGAUGAUGGUAAACUGCUUAAUUCAGAAGAUAUUGACUUCACAGUGAGAACUCCAUAUGGAGGAUCAGGUGGGGAUGCAGGUCCUGUUAACAAGCAGCUUCUGAGGGUCACGUCAGAGACAUAAUGAAUGAAUAAUACAGGGUGACACAAAAAAUACAACCCAUGAAUUAAAACUAAUAAUCGACGGAAGGAUUUAAAUCAGUCAGUGACACAUGAUGAACUAAAAUAGAAAUUACAGUAAAUCUGUAGCAGAAUACUUAGAGAAACAUCAUUACAUCAAUCUCAGUUGCACAAAACAAAGGGUAAUAUUGCUCAUAA